CAUUAUGUUUGCCACAAGACUAUUUUCCAACAUUUUAACACCGCGGAAUAUUUCGAGCGUUCGACUGCUGCAAGUGUGCGUACUAGGCGGCGCGAGCGAGAUCGGGCAAGCCGUGAGCCUGAUGCUGCGCACCGAGCCGGCCGUCAGCAAACUGGUCAUCCACGACACAUGGGAAACGGCGCCCGGCGUCGUCAUCGAACUCUCCCACAUCCCCGCCAAGGCUACCCUUAAGGGCUACCUAGGCGAUGCAACUAUGACACAAGCACUCUCCGGCAGCGAUUUAGUUCUCCUAGUCGGGGGCCUACUCAAGACUCCCGGCGUGAGCGACAGAUCUUGUGUGGAAGCUAAUACGGAAUUCGUAAAAACCGCCUCGUCACAAAUCGCUAGAUUGCCCAAAAUGCCUUUCGUGGGCGUCGUCGCUGAACCGAUCAAUUCUCUCGUACCGAUGGCAGCCGAACUGAUGAGGAAUAACGGGAUGUUCGACGGGAAGAAACUCUUCGGUGUCACUGAGAUAGAUAGGAUCAGAGUGCAAACGCUUUACGGAGCGCGGCACGGAAUGGCGCCGGAAGAAUGCUUCGUACCAGUAAUCGGCGGGCACUCUGACAAGACGACAGUGCCGCUCGUGUCCCAGGCGCGGCCCGGAUUCGAGAUGUCUGAGCCAGAAGUCCGCCAGUUCGUCAACGAGGUGCAGCGAUACGAAUCGACGGUUACAGAGGCGAAGCAAGGACGCUCGCCGACGGUAUCAGUUGCUUACGGCGUGCUGCAGUUCGCGCGCAGCGCGCUGAGAGCGCUACAAGGCCAGGAAUGUUGGCUACACGCUUUUAUCGAGAACAACGAUUUCGGGACAUCAUUUUUCUCCGGUUUGGUGCGGGUGGAUGCUAGCGGCGCGCAGGAAAUGGCGCGAUACACAGAUAAUAUCUCCCAGUAUGAAUGCCAGAUCCUGGAGGACGCUCUGAAUCACUUGAGAAGGGAUGUGGCUGUAGGGAAGAAGGUGUUGGAAGUGGAGACGUAA